AUGAAGAAGCAGCAGCAGGGCGCCACCAACGCUGCUGCCACAAACGGCAGUGCGCAGCCGCAGAACGCCGACGGUAAGAAGAAGCAGAAGAAGCAGCAGCCCCAGCAGAACGCUGACGGCAAGAAGAAGGCCGCACCCCAGCAGCCCCAGCAGAAGAAACAGCCGAACCAGCUGCCUGCCGUCCCUUCCACGAAUGCCAAGAAGACGCAGACGGCACCGAAGAAGGAGCAGACGAGCGCUCGGCGCGGCUUUGAUAUCGUGGAGCCCGGGCAGCCGGCCUACACCACACACGUCACCCCCGUCUCCUCAACCCCCGUCGUUUCGGCCAAGGCCCGACGAAGAAAGCAGAGCAAGCCAGCCAAGCCGAAGGCCAAGCGACGACAGCCCCAGCAGCAGGAAAAGACCGCGCCGGCGGUGGCUGCGGAGGCGGAGAAGCAGGGGGCGCCUGUGCAGGCCCACGCCGCCGCCGAGGCAUCGCCCAGCGGCGCUGUUGUGUCCACAACGGCCGCCGUAGUUGCGGCGUCGCCCAAGGCCGAGCCCAAGCCCAAGCCCGUCCGUGCCAAGGAGGCCCAGCCAAAGCCCCCUGCCGCCAAGGGCAAGAAGGGAGCCAAGCCCGCCGCUGCCGCUGCGCCCGCCUUGGCGACAGCCAAGGUCGCGCAGUCCCAGUCUCAGCAGCAGCGCAAGCGAUCGCCGUCGCCGCGCGGCAAGGCCGCCACGUUCACCAUCCAGGAGGACUUCAUCGCGCCCGGUUCGCCCGCCGUCGUGCCCGUCGCCGCCGCCAAGAAGCAGGCCGCCGCCCAAAAGGCUGCCAAGCCGGCCCAGCCCGCUCCCGUCAAGAAGGCCCAGCCGCAGCCGCAGCCCCAGAAGAAGAAGGAGCAGCCGCAGAAGAAGAAGGACACCGGGGUGCCGGCCGACGUGCUCAAGGUGCUGCAGGAGCUGCGCGAGCUCGACGCCGCCAAGAAGAAGCCCGCCACCGCCAAGGCCGGCGGCAAGUCCAAGUCGACGACCGCCGCGACGGCCACGACGACGGCCGAUGCCAAGAAGAAGCCGGUGACCGCGGCGGCGGCGCAGGCCGAGGCGGCGGAGAACCAGAAGCAGAAGAAGAAGCAGAUGGAGGAGGAGGUGGCGCGCGCCCGCCUCGCCGCACGCCAGGACAAGCAGCAGCAGCCCAAGCCCAAUCCCAAGCCCCAGCAACCCAAGGCCCAGCCCAAGGCGCAGGCGCAGCCCAAGGCCCAGCCCGCGGCUGCCGAGGCCGCUGCCAAGGCCGACGCUGCCGCCGCCGCUGCCGCCGCUGAGGAGAAGACGAAGAGCGAGAAGGCCGAGGCCGAGGCCGAGCAGGCGCGCAAGCAGAAGGAGACCGACGAGGCCGCUGCCGCCGAGGAGAAGGCCAAGAAGGAGAAGGAGGAGGCCGACGCUGCUGCCGCAGAGGAGAAGGCCAGGAAGGAGAAGGAGGAGGCCGAGGCCGAGGCGGCGCGCAAGCAGAAGGAGGCCGACGAGGCUGCCGCUGCGGCGGAGGAGAAGGCCAGAAAGGAGAAGGAGGAGGCCGACGCCGCGGCGGAGAAGUCCCGUCGCGAGGCCGAGGAGAAGGCCAAGGCCAAGAAGGAAAAGGAGGAGGCCGACGCCGCCGCUGCCGCCGCUGAGGAGGAGAAGGCUAAGGCCGACGCCGAGGAGAAGGCCAGGAAGGAGAAGGAGCAGGCCGACGCCGCCGCUGCCGCUGCUGCCGCCGCGGAGGAGGAGAAGGCCAAGGCCGACGCCGAGGAGAAGGCCAAGAAGGAGAAGGAGCAGGCCGACGCUGCCGCCGCCGCGGAGGAGAAGGCCAGGAAGGAGAAGGAGCAGGCCGACGCCGAGGCUGCGCGCAAGCAGAAGGAGGCUGAGGAGGCCGCCGCGGCCGCUGAGGAGAAGGCCAGGAAGGAGAAGGAGCAGGCCGACGCCGAAGCUGCGCGCAAGCAGAAGGAGGCUGAAGAGGCCGCCGCUGCCGUCGCCGCCGAGGAGCAGGCCAAGAAGGAGAAGGAAGAGGCCGACGCCGAGGCGGCGCGCAAGCAAAAGGAGGCCGACGAGGCCGCCGCCGCUGCGGAGGAGAAGGCCAGGAAGGAGAAGGAAGAGGCCGACGCCGAGGCGGCGCGCAAGCAAAAGGAGGCCGAUGAGGCCGCCGCUGCCGCCACCGCCGCCGCGGAGAAGGCCAAGGCCGAAGCCGAGGCCGAGGCCGCGCGCAAGCAGAAGGAGGCCGACGAGGCCGCUGCUGCGGAGAAGGCCAAGACCGAGGCGGAGGAGAAGGCCAAGAAGGAGCAGGAGGAGGCCGAGGCCGUCAAGGCCACUACGGCGCAGGCCCAGGAGGCUGCGCCCGCUGCCCAGGAGGCGGCCGCCACGCCCACCGAACUGACCGCGUCGACGUCGUCCGACGCGCUGCCGGCCGUCACCGAAGAAGACGAGAGCGCCGCGUCCCGCCGCGGCUCGUUCAUCUUCCCGAGCGGCAAGAAGGCCUCCGCCAGCCGUCGCAUGCCCCGUAUCAAGCCCAACGAGCCGAAACUGUUGGAGCUGGUGGACCCGUACAACAUGACUGAGUCGCAGGUCGACCCGAAGCUCAAGGCCGAGCUGGGCGGCCAGCCCUCGGUCGCGGCUGCCGUGGCUGGCGGCGUGGCCAUGCCCGGCAUCGGCGCCAUCGUGGGCGGUCUCGGCGCGCUCAAGGGGUCGCUGCGCAAGUCGCCCGUGGCCAAGGAGGUCGCCGGCGAGACCAACGGCACGCCCGCCGCCGCCGCCGCCGAGGAGCCUGCGGCGGAGGCGCAGCCGGAGAAGCCGGCGUGGAUGUCCAAGCUCAAGUCGCGACCGAGCGGCAGCCUGGCCUCGUCGGCCAGCGAGACCGCCGCCACCCCUGCCAAGCCCGAGGGCGACAAGCCGGCCUGGAUGGCCAAGCUGGCCAAGGGCCGCACCAUGGACGGCCUCGUCAAGGAGAUCCAGUCCGAGCAGGCCGCCACCGCCACCGCCACCGCCACCACCCCGGCCGGCGCUGCGUCGCUGGCGUCGGGCUCGGGCGCUAAGACCGUCUCGUCGCCUCCGGGCUCUCUGAACUCGUCGGGCUCGGGCGUCAAGACUGUGUCGCCGCCGGGCUCGCUGAACUCGUCGGGCUCGGGCGUCAGGACCGUUUCGCCAACGCCGUCGCUCGCGUCGUCGUCGUCGGGCACGUCGCUGAGCUCGUCCGGGUCGGCGACCAAGACGGCCGCCGCCGAGCCCGCCGCCCCGGCCUCGCCCCAGCCCGGUGCUGGUACCAGCAUCGUGCGUUCCUACGCUGACCUCAAGGCGCGCGUGAACGUCGACGACCUCGAUCUCACACAACUCGAGAUAUACUUGUCCGAUGCCGAGUUUGCGACGGUGAUGGGCUGCUCGAAGGCCGAGUGGCCCAAGCUGCCCAAGUGGAAGCAGUCGGCCAAGAAGAAGGCCACCGAGCUCUUCUGA